CGUGGUUGAAGAUGAUCAAGCUGUAGUAUAAAAUCAAUUUGAAAUUCUUGGAUUACUUAAUAUAAGAGAUCAUAAAUGACUACUGAAUUAUUUAUUAACUUACUUGAUGAUACCAAACACUCGACUGACUAAGGAUCUGGAAUCAUUCGCUAGUUUUGAUUGGACAAAUUCAAAUACAAACAGUUGGAAAAUGUUUAACUUUUUAAAUUCAAAACUAUCUCCCAAGAUCUCCUGCAGAUCACCCUCAAUGGAUAAUUAUGAAAUAGACAACAUAAUAAGCGACAAUUACGCAGACAGAAUGCGCGGAUUUAUAGCUUAUUCGGCUAUUAAACCUCCAGUGGAAAUAGAAAUUGAAUUUAUUUGUCCUAUAAAUAUUCACUAUAUCACAUUAAAUACAACUGUAGGAUCCCAAAAAUGUACAGGUAUUGAAAUUUUUGCAAAAAAUUCCUCUGUUACUUACACCUCCAUUUGCAAGUCUGUUUAUGAUAAUCCUGGGGUAGUUUUUUGUAAUAGCAAGAUGUAUUCUAAAAACAACUUACCCCCUAAUUUCAAUUCCGAUUUUCACUUAGCUUUCUUUAAAUGUAACACUUUUAGCUAUUUUCUUAAUGCUAGUACUAUAAAAAUUAUAAUUUUUCGUACAGAAAAAUCAGUACCUUGUUUAAGUUCGGUAGAGGUGUGGGGUAAAACUUCAAGGACUUGUUCUGCUGUAACAAGAGAUACAAUUAGUCGUAUCAUGCAAAAAUCCAAUCAAGAUGCAACUAGCAAUAUUACAAAUGCUGAAUGUAUUGACUUCAAAAUUCCAGAAGACUUUAAAGAUGAUUUGACAUAUGAAAUAAUGUCAAUUCCAAUGACACUACCUAGCGGUAAAACUAUAGAUCAAACUACCCUAGAAAAGCAUAUAAACAGUGAAAUUUCAUUCGGUAGGAAACCUUGUGACCCAUUUACAGGUGUAAAAUUUUCAAAUACCCUCAAACCUGUGUUAAAUGUUGCUCUUAAGAGUCGAAUCGACAUGUUUCUUCUACAAAACUCCCACAGAGAAGAAUUGGCUAAUGUAAAACGUACUUUAGGUGGAAGUGGACAGAUUAUGAAUUCUUUAAAUGGCUGCAAUAAAAGGAAAAGGGAGACUGUUGACGUUGACGAAUUAGAUGAACUAAUUUCAAAAACAAAACAAAGCCCCAGUUUUCUUAAUUUUUCAAGUGAAAAUAGUGACAAAAAUUUGUGUUCAAGGUGUAAAGUGGAAACUGAAACAAUGUAUGAAAUUCCAUGCAAACAUUUUUAUUGUCGAACUUGUGUCCUAAUAAUUUAUAAAGACUUAAAAUGUUUAAUUUGUGGUAAGUCUUUUAAGAAAAACGAUGUCAGAAAAUGUCAUUUGUAACGCUGUAAAGGCAUUUAUUGUAAUUGAUUUUCUAUUUUUCUCUUGUUUGAA